AUGAUGACACAGGAAGAGCUGGAGCUUUACCGCGCUAGCGUUGAGGAUUGUUCUUUUGGGGUGUACUUCCUGCCCUUGGUCUGGGCAGAGGACCUGGUCGACAAAAUGUACCAAGAAAAAUCAAUAAACCACAAACGCAAAGUCGAGUGUUUAAUUCAGGAACUCCUAGCUGGUCGUCUAGCUCUGGCCACGCUGUACACUUAUGAUAUGCUGAAGGUUCCAUUGGUUUACACACAGGUAGGACAAUGCAGCCUGUAA